GAGAGAGAGAGAGAGAGUGUGUGUGUGAGAGUUUAUGUGUGCAUGCAGGCAUCCUGUUCACGCUGGCUUUCUUGCAUGCAGUGAUGACGCUCACUCUCACAAAAGCCAAAGUGGAACUAGAAGCCAUUUCGUGUGCAUGAGGUCUGGCUUAAGCUCCAUCUAACAAGCGCUGGGAGAGAUAUUGAUAAAAAAAAGAAAAGAUGUCUCAAAAUUAUGUUCAUCUAAUUGCUUUUGCUCUUGUGGCUGUGUUGUGCGUCUGCACUGUCACAAGUGUUUCAGGCUCUGCUGCAGGGCAAGCAAAAGACAACGUGACCUGUCAUGGGAAUUGUUCUGAAUCUAAAUCUGAGAUAGUAAACUCAAUCUCACAGCUGAACGAGAGCACCACCCCUAGCGCCGACCCACCAUCUCCUCACAGCAACAGCACACACAGACAUGAUCACAGCAACUUCACAGACACUGAGGGCCCAGAAGAAAAUAAACAGAAUGUCACCACCAGAAUCAGCACAGGAUCUACCACCACGAGAUCUGCCACCACAGGAUCUACCACCACGGGAUCUACCACCACGGGAUCUACCACCACGGGAUCUACCACCACGGGAUCUGCCGCUACGGACUCAGAAUCAGGUGGAAAUAGUAGAAGUACAGGGAUCUUCUUUCUCAUCUUGAUCUUAAUUAUCAUCAUCAUCCUUGCUGUCAUUUUGUACAUUCUUUGGAAAAAGGGAAAGAGAUACUCCUUUGACCUGAUGAAUGGCGAGCAUGACACUCCACUCACAGGAGUGCCGAUAGGAACCUUCGAACAAACCAAAGGAUCUACUACGAAUCUGGACGACAUUCAGGAGGAUAAUCCUGACAAAACCAAUCCUGUAGCCAACGGAUGUUCUGGAGAGACGCCGGACCAGACAUCAUGCUCUGAUCAGCAGAAUGUUCCAGAAGAGGACAGCUUCACAUCUGAUUUGAAUCUGAAUUUGAAUUCGCCCGGAAAGAAGGUGGAGUUUAAUCUGGAUCUGGAGCUGAUUGGUGUAGAACCUGAACUGGAGAAACAAGCCACAGACGAACCUACAGACAACGACAAUGAGAACAACAACAAUGACACAAACACCGGGAAUGAUUCUGCGGACCUCUUUACUGAAAUUAACUUGGAUGACACACAGUAAAACCCAGAUGCACUUUGCAGACCACAAGGGGGCCCACUGCAAACACCUGUUCCUUAUUCUCAAAAGAUAUUGUUUCAAUGUUAGAAAUUCUGACAAAUAUGACAAAUAUAAUAAGUGAUAAGUGGUUUUACAUACUCUAUUACAAUAAUUAUAAAUACUUACUUACGGGGCCCCGUGGUGGCCUGGGGGCCUAAGCAACUGCUUAAGCUGUGUUCACACUAGCAGGUGACAAGUCGCUCAUGUCGCUUGUAGUUUGUUUCAUGGGCGUGGAGUGAGCGCUACUGUUGUCACUUGUGGGCGUUUACCAUCCCUCCAGUGAUUUUAACUUCUGUGAGAAAGGGUAGUCACCAAAAUCGUGCACAAUUUACUACACUGGAAUGUAUUUAAAAUGUAUUCUAGUAUUUUGAAGUGAAAAAAGAGUGAAAUUGAUUGUUGAUGUAUGUCACUUGCCAGGCUUUGUUAGCAGAUUAGCAGCACAAGCUAACUCUACUAGCUGCAUACACUUACCAGAGACAGCACUAUAUAUCUAUUAGAUAUAACUAUAGAUACAGAUAUAGCCUAUAUAUCUAUUUAUAUAUCUUAUUCUAACCAGUUAAUCACAAAUUAAGUAGCGCUCUAAUCAGUGAAGAACUGAAAAAAUGUCAUAUCGAACUCACCAUAUGAUUAGUCCAGGCAAUCAUUGAACCCAAUCAUUUGGAUUUGACGCUUUACAGAGUCAUAUCUAAUUUGCAUCAAGUUGAGAAACUAUCAACUCGCAUGCUGCUUUGUCACUGCUGCUGUCGUACAUUACUGCAUGUACAUAGAAAAUGAAACUGCCGCUUUGUCGCUCGUUAGUGUGAAUAAAGGGUAAUACCGCUUGCACUUAUAAACAGCCCUGGCCAAGACCGUAAACUUUUCAAAACCAGUUCAAUGUUAAGUAUUUUUCAAAAGGACAAUAGGAUUCCAGUGAGUUUUUACCUCACAUACACUGUCUGACCAUAGAAACUUCUAUUUUUGUAUUUUUUUAUGAACAUAUGUGGUAGUAUAGUUGAUUACAGAAGAAGAAGCCUAAAAAAAAUGAUCUUUGUUAUUAAUGAAACUGUACGUGUUAGUGAUGGCUUAACUACUAAUGGUCAUAUAGAGGAUUGUUUUUUUGGGUGUCACAGACAAUGACUGAAAUGAACAAAAUCCUAUUUUUAUAUCAGAAUGUUUGAUAUUCCUUCUGCAUUCUCAAAACUGUAAAUUUACUACUUAAUGAAUAAACUAUAGCAACAAAAAUGCAGGUUUCCUUUU